UUAUCCUUGAUUUUAUUCUCCAGGUCCUUCCAAAAGUUCCUAUGACCCUCUCUCUGUGGAGUCGUUCGCUUCUUCCAUUGCCAUUGGCGCGAACCAAAAUGCCCCAAACCAGGCUCUCCUCCAAACCCCUUCCACCCAAACGUGGAAUCACCGCUUCGGAAUCAAGCCUGAAACCAGGCCCUGAAUCUCCCGAUGGAGUGUCUGGUCCAGAGAUCCGCGUUUUUGUCCGGAAGAAGAGAGUUAAAAAGGCAGUGGAAGCAUUCGAAGAUGAGCUUAAGGCGGAACCUCUUCGCCAGAGAAUUUGUGGCCUACCCGAUAUUGAAGACUUUGCAUAUGGGAAGUCCAAAAGUUCUUCUCAGUUUAAGAUGUCAAUAGCUGCUGCAGAUGUGCCUUCAGUGAAAAGCAAAGCUGUGCCUUCAACUAAGCCAAAGUCUGAACCACCGGCCAAUUGGGAAAAGAUUCUUGAUGGAAUUCGUGAAAUGAGAUCCUCUGAAGGUGCACCAGUAGACACCAUGGGAUGUGAAAAAGCUGGCAGUUCUCUUCCUCCCAAGGAAAGAAGAUUUGCUGUUUUGGUAUCUUCACUUCUUUCAAGCCAAACCAAAGAUAAUGUCACCCAUGGAGCUAUUCAGCGUCUCCUUCAAAAUGGUCUACUUACUCCAGAUGCCAUUGACAAUGCUGAGGAAGCCACUAUUAAGGGCUUGAUUUACCCUGUUGGGUUUUACCCUAAAAAGGCCAGCAAUUUGAAGAAAAUUGCAAGAAUAUGUCUCACAAAGUAUGAUGGAGAUAUUCCUAGUACGUUGGAGGAGUUACUCCUACUUCCAGGGAUUGGCCCAAAGAUGGCUCAUCUGGUUAUGAAUGUGGGCUGGAACAAUGUUCAGGGGAUAUGUGUAGAUACUCAUGUGCAUCGUAUCUGCAAUAGACUUGGGUGGGUGAAAAAGCCGGGAACAAAACAGAAAACUUCAAAUCCUGAGGAGACAAGAGAGUCCUUGCAACUCUGGCUUCCUAAGGAAGAGUGGGUUUCAAUCAACCCUCUUUUGGUGGGAUUUGGGCAGACCGUGUGCACUCCUCUUAGACCUAGGUGUGAAAGUUGCAGCAUCAGUAAAUUGUGCCCAUCAGCAUUUAAGGAGACCUCAAGCCCAUCAUCCAAGACAAAGAAGUCUGACCAAAGCAAGAAGCAUUAAUAUGGUGUCGUUUUGAGGGGAUGGAAUUCUGAUUUGCCCAUUACCACUUCAUCCUCAAUUGCCAUUGAAGACCAAAGCUAUACAAUUUUAUUUUUGACAGUUCCAUUCUUUGGUUGACCACUUUGUCUCAUGGUGACCUCUUUUUUGGUAUGGAACAAAUCUCAUUGCCCCUAUACCUUGUUGAAUAUCAAUUGGCAACUUAGAUUUUUUAUGGGA